AUAUAAAAAAUUAAGUUUUUAAUAUACGGGUGUCAUAAAUUGAGCAAAUGCAAAUGGAGAAAAAAAAAAAGAAAAGGAAAAGCUAAAAUUCGGAAGAUGAUUCCAACUUCUAAAGCAGACACAUUGACUGCUAAAGUCUAAAGCUCUCGCACAACCCUACCAAAUUCAAAUUCCCCCAUUCUCCAAGCAAAGAAUCUCAAUGCCCACUUAUUCAAUUUCCGUCCUGCAUCUCUAUCUACUCCCAUGCACCACCACACUUCCAAAUCAUGGCAAAACUCUCGCCACCUUUCUUCUCUUCCACACCUCUCACACUUUGGCUGCUUCUACUUGCAUUCAUACUCACCCAAGGAGUUGAAGGAUCUAUCGGAGUCAACUAUGGCACGGUGGCAAACAACCUCCCUCCACCAUCACAAGUUGCAAAUUUCUUAUUAGAAUACACCGUCAUCAACCGUGUUCGCCUCUUCGAUGCCAAUGGUGAAAUCUUGAAAGCCUUUGCUCAUACAGGAAUUGAAGUCUCAGUCACUGUCCCCAACGGCCAAAUCCCGCAGCUCACUAAGCUGACCGCCGCUCAACAAUGGCUCAAAACUUACAUCCAGCCCCACAUGCCCGCCACUAACAUCGUCCGCAUUUUAGUCGGCAACGAAGUCCUCUCAACCGCAAACAAAUUGGUCAUUGCCAGCCUUGUUCCGGCAAUGCAAACGCUCCACACAGCCCUCGUCGCCGCCUCUCUUGACCUUCAAAUCCAGGUUUCGACGCCGCAUUCUUUAGGCAUUCUUUCGUCUUCAAGCCCUCCUUCUUCCGGCAAGUUUCGACAGGGAUACGAUAUUCAUGUGCUUAAACCAUUGCUCAGCUUCCUUAGAGCCACCAAUUCCCCUUUUAUGGUGAACCCAUAUCCAUUUUUCGGCUGCUCGGCGGACACCAUUGAUUAUGCUUUGUUUAGGCCUAAUUCAGGAGUGUUUGAUGAAAAUACAAAGCUUCUUUACACAAACAUGUUAGACGGGCAGCUUGAUGCGGUCUUUUCAGCUAUGAAACUCCUUGAUUUUUCCGAUAUUGAAAUUGUCAUUGCCGAAACCGGGUGGCCGUCGAGAGGAGAUGCUUCACAAAUCGGCGUUGAUCCAGAAAGUGCAGCUGAAUAUAAUAGAAAUCUAAUUCGCCAUGUAACAUCAGGAGAGGGGACGCCACUGAUGCCAAAUCGGACGUUUGAAACUUACAUAUUCGCUCUUUUCAAUGAAAAUCUCAAGGUCGGACCAACAUGUGAAAGGAAUUUCGGAUUGUUCGAGCCCGAUGUGAAGCCGGUCUACGAUGUCGGAAUCCUCCGGUCCACGGCUAGAUCUUACAAUCCCACCAAUCCAACACCAGGGCCGAUGGUUGCUCCUGUGACUCCGGUGCCUUCAGGGCCAAAGGAUAAGGGCAAAAGGUGGUGUCUGCCGAAAACAGGAGCCGAAAUUGAUGCUCUGCAGAGCAAUAUUGAUUAUGUGUGUGGGUUGGGUUUGGACUGUGGAGCAAUUCAAGAGGGUGGUUCAUGUUUCCUUCCAAAUUCAGUUCAAGCUCAUGCUGCAUACGCCAUGAACAUGUACUACCAAGCUAUGGGAAGGAAUGAUUUUGAUUGCGAUUUCAAACAAACUGGAGCAAUCUCAGACGUUGAUCCAAGCUAUGGAAGCUGCAAAUAUUAAUUUUGAUAUGGAGUGCAUGAAUUGCAAAUUUGCAAUGAAGACCAAGGCAUAAUUUCUAUGUUAGUUAAUUUGUAAUUUUGCUUUUGUUUUAGAAUAAGGAGUACCAGGAAUAUCAAAUUUAAACUAGCUACAGCUUAGCUUAAAGAUUGUAUUGAUCAAUGUUUUCCAGAGUCACAGCAACGUUACAGUUUGCUUUUUGUUCCCGGCAUUUAAAUAUUUAUUUUAAUUUUUAGUACCA